AGGAAAGUGAAAUGUAAACAACAAUGAGAAACGGCAAAAAAGUGUUAAAGAAAUUAUUGUUGUUGUUGCUGCACAGCAAUUGCCGCCACAGCCAGAGCUUUGAAGAGUGCAACGACCAUCCGCAUCAAUUGCAGCGAGAAGACAGCAACAAGGCCAAGGAGAAGAUCUAAAACAAAGGUAUCGAACUUAGCUGAAUCGGAAAAUACAGAGCUAAAAACCCAAGUAAAGGCAAAUAGCAGCAAACAGCCAGCAGCUAGCACCCAGUCAGCUAUUACUGACUGACCCAAAAAAAGUUCCUGAUCUCAACCUACCAGCCAAAAGGACACAAGAAGAGUGAGAACGAGAGAGAGAGAGAGAGAGAGAGAGAGACAGAGAGAGAACAAAGUCAAAAAUGUCAUCCAACUGGCUACUAUAUCUCGGCCUUGUCUGGCUACUAACAGACUCUGCGGAGGGCGCUUCAAAGCGUUUCUUUACAGAUUUUCUACAGGAUCUGCCCACACCAGGCACUGGAGGACCCACAUUCGAUACAACAGUGGCCACAAAUAUAACGGGACUGGUGGGCAAAACGGUUAACCUUACAUGUCGGGUCAAAAAUCUGGGCAAUCGCACGGUCUCUUGGGUGCGACAUCGGGAUAUACAUCUGCUAACAGUGGGUCGUUAUACAUAUACAUCGGAUCAGCGUUUCGAGGCGAUGCAUUCUCCACAUGCCGAGGAUUGGACAUUGCGUAUACGCUAUGCCCAGCGCAAGGACUCGGGCAUCUAUGAGUGUCAAAUAUCGACAACACCGCCAAUUGGACAUUCAGUUUAUCUUAAUAUUGUUGAGCCCAUCACCGAGGUCAUUGGAGGCCCCGAGCUGCAUAUUAACAAAGGAUCCACCAUCAAUUUGACUUGCAUUGUGAAAUUUGCACCGGAACCGCCACCCACCGUCAUUUGGUCCCACAAUCGUCAGGUCAUAAAUUUCGAUUCACCUCGCGGCGGCAUAUCAUUAGUCACCGAGAAAGGUGUGCUGACCACCAGUCGUCUCCUGGUGCAGAAGGCCAUCCAGCAGGACUCGGGACUCUACACAUGCACACCAUCCAAUGCCAAUCCGACGUCGGUGCGCGUCCAUAUCGUCGAUGGCGAACAUCCGGCGGCAAUGCAUCAUGGCAACUCGGCGCCGCUGCAACCGCCGGCAAUGCUGUCAUUGCUCCUACUCACAUGCGGUGUACUGCUGCUAUUGCAAUCCUCCGCCCUGGCGAGAACCGAUACUAAUACCCACAUCCGAAACCGCACUCAUGCCCACCAACAACAGCAACACCAACAGCUCCAACUGAACUCUAGACAACGACAAGAAAAAAGAAUUCAAAGUUGUUAUCAGCAACAGCAGCAGCAGCAGCAGAAAGAAGAGCAGAAGGAGCAGCGGAUUCUGGUCCUGCCUGGGACAUAGCUGACUGGCAGGAAUAUUGCAACAGCAACCAAAUUGCCAACUGGAACCACAAACUAAGUUCUAAACUUUUGUGCAAUUUCCUAAAAAAAAUAACAAAAAACAAAAAAAAAAACAUUUGAAUACUUUCUCUCUUUGAAUUGAAAA